CUCCUUAUCACAAACAACAUGAAGUUCGCUGUGUUUUUGAGUGGACUCCUGCUGCUCUUUCUGCUUCCCGACUGGACAGAAAGUGUUGAAGACGAUUCUGUGAACAUCAAUACUCUCGCCCGCAUUAUUAACUUCUUCGAGCAGAACUUUAAGAGAGUCGCUGCUGGAGAUGAUUAUCCCCUUCAGUACGCCAUUGCCAUCAAUGUGCCGAAGGAUCAGUGUCAACAGAACUUCAAUCUGAACACCUUCCUGCGUAAGGACCGGGAGAAUGCUGUGGAGGUGAAAAAGGCUAUCGAUGAUGACUCAAACGGACUUUACGAGGGUCAAGAGCCAAGAGAGCUCAUCGCUGCAGGAAAUAGGAGAGUUAAAAUUAAAAAGACGUACAAAAUUCAUUCAGAGUCUCUCCUGCUGAAUCCCGUUGACAACUCACCCAUGACCAAUCUUUUGAAUAAAAGAAAAGGAGACAGCUGCUCUGUUUUCUACACCUUUAAUUCUCCCUGUGUUCAAACAUGUCUGGAUGCGAAAGGGCCUUACAACAUUAUAAAUGCUCUGAAGAAAUGGAAAGAACAUGAUGGAAUUAAAGCUUUUGUCUUCAAGAAUUUCUGGGAGCAUGACAAAAAAAAAGACACGAAAGAUCUUCAGACUGAGUUCAAGCAGAUUGCGGCUCAUGUUCCUCUUUUCCGCUGUGUGAGUGAGAAUGAGUGUUAUGCUUGUAAUGGGGAAGGAAACACUCCCAUAGAUGCAGACUGUCUGCCUCCUCCAACUACUACUACUCCUCCAGAAAUGAUCAAUAGUGAACUGUAAGAUUACAGGUCUUUUCUUUUACAUAUGAUUCUAUAUUACGAUCAACUUUCUUUUGACUUUCAACAAUCUUUUGUUUUAAAAUUCAGUACACAUAGUUUAACUUGUAAAGUCCAUUGCUGUGGCAAUCUGUUUUGCUAAAAUUAAAUGAUGCUCUAUCGCUUUAGAAAACAACGUACCUCCUAACCAAACCGAUAUCGUCAAUGACGCAUAUAAAAACGUAUUUGCUAAAGCAGCUGACAUUUUACCUGGUUUUUACAGAGCAGCGGCUAAUGAAUUGAAGUCUCUUACAGACACAGACAAUUGUCUUUCUUUCCCAGAAAACUGAAUUCAAAAACAGGAUAUAGGGCCUCAUAAAAUAAAAAAAACUUAGGUUAAAUAUUAUAAGAGGGUUACCAACGAGACUAUGUUGGUUUAGUGGUUGGUUAGGAUUUAAUUGAAUAAUUAAUGCUAUUCAGUUAAUGCUAGUAAAGAAAUUGGCUCCUAAAUGCGGUCCUGAAACUGCAUCCUCUGGAAUUGCAGGACUUAAUUGUAAUUGGUGUUAACUUACGCCUUUGCAAGCACCAAAGUUACAUAGUGCACCUUUAACAAACUCAGGGAUCAUCAGGGAUGAGUCUAAUACUAAUGAUUGUAGUAUAAGUUAAGUGCAUUUAUUAAGGAAUGGUGUGGUAAUUUAGCCUAUGUAUGAUGGGUGUUUCAUGUGAAAUAAAGACGCCAGCACACAAUC